AUGGAGGCAAUAAAGACUUGGCCUGGACCGACAACACCGAUGGAGGUUCAUAGCUUUCUCGGUUUGGCAGAUCAUAAAAGCCUGCAAUAUAUCUUCAAGCAAAAAGAGUUGAAUUUGCGACAGAGGCGAUGGCUUGAGUUAUUGAAAGAUUAUGAUGUUAACAUUCUCUACCAUCCGGGGAAAGCUAAUGUUGUCGCAGACGCCUUAAGUCGCCGAUCUAUAGGUAGCUUAGCACGCGUGGAGGCCGAAAAAAAGAAUACUGGAAAAUCAUCUUUCAUAGCUGAAGUAAAGGAGAGGCAGUACGAUGACCUGGAGUUGGUCAAGUUGAGAGAGCGAGUUCCGCAGCAGAAGAAGCCGUUGUUAGAACUCAAGGAAGAUGGAGUUCUUAGAUACAGGGGUUGCUUGUUUGUUCCAGAUGUAGCAGGGCUACGAGACAAGAUUAUGUGA